UCUUUCCUGAUAUGCAGGGAAGUGAGUCAUGAGUACUAGUUUUGGCUUUUGAGGGGUCUCCUUAAAAGAAGCAAAAAAAUGUUUGUAAUUAUAAAUGCCCUGUCUGUGUGAACAAUAGAAUAGAGAGAGAAAGAGAGGGAAGAAGAAGCUAAAGGGUCUCUCUCUCUUCUCCCAAGUCUCAAACUUUAUAAGUUUUUAUCAACUUUCUAGAGAGAGAGAGAGAAAGAGAGAGAGAGAGAGAGAGUGAGUGAGGUUUUUAGAGAGAGAAAGCCAGCUGAGAGAAAAGAGUGAGUGAGACACACCAUGUCUUUAGGCUAUGCAGAGAAGCUUUCGUACAUAGAAGAUGUGGGCAAUGUUGGAAUGACAGAAUAUUUCGACCCACCUCAUGUUUUGCAAGAAAAGAUUGAACGACUUGCCUUGAUGGUAAAAAAGAGUAAGCAUCUAGUGGUGUUUACAGGUGCAGGGAUAUCAACUUCUUGUGGUAUACCAGAUUUCCGAGGUCCCAAGGGAAUAUGGACCCUUCAGCGUGAAGGCAAAGCCUUGCCUGAAGCAUCACUGCCAUUUCACCGUGCAAUGCCAAGCUUGACUCAUAUGGCUUUGGUUGAACUUGAGAAGGCUGGUAUUUUGAAGUUCCUUAUUAGUCAGAAUGUUGAUGGCCUCCAUCUUCGGUCUGGAAUUCCAAGGGAGAAACUUGCUGAAUUGCAUGGGAACUCAUUUAUGGAAGCUUGCCCUUCAUGUGGAGCCGAGUACUUGCGGGAUUUUGAGGUGGAAACUAUUGGUUUGAAGGAGACAUCAAGGCGUUGUUCUGAUGUAAAAUGUGGUGCUAAACUUAAGGAUACGGUUCUUGACUGGGAGGAUGCCUUACCCCCUAAGGAGAUGGAUCCUGCUGAGAAGCACUGCAGGAUGGCUGAUGUUGUAUUAUGCUUGGGGACAAGUUUGCAAAUAACUCCAGCAUGUAACCUACCUCUUAAAUCACUCCGUGGUGGGGGAAAGAUUAUAAUUGUGAAUCUUCAGAAAACUCCAAAGGACAAGAAAGCAAGUUUAGUGAUCCAUGGGCGGGUAGAUAAGGUCAUUGCUAGUGCCAUGGAGUUUCUUAAACUGCAGAUUCCGCCAUUUGUAAGGAUUGAUCUUUUUGAGGUCAUUCUAACUCAAGCAUUAAGUAUAGAUAGAAAAUAUGUGAACUGGACCCUCCAAGUUGCUAGUGCACAUGGACGGCGAGCUCCAUUGCCCUUCAUCAAAUCUGUUGAGGUUUCCUUCUUGGACAACCAAGAUUAUAAAGAAGCUAUCCUACAAAUGCAACCAUUUCGUCUGAAAAGGAGAACCAUGCAGGCAAAAUCAUUUGAAUUGGUCUUAAAAGUCAACUUCAUUGAUGGUUGUGGCUGCCAGUCUGUUGAAAUUAAUAUCCCUAUUGAUUUUAAGGUUUCAAUUGACUGCUUUAACCCUGACAAAGACUCUGUACUUCAAAGGCUGAGAGACACAGCAAUUCAAGAUUUAUGCUGCGGGAAGAAUGCAGUUAUUGAGAGAACGGCCUUCUUGAUGCCGAAAAGUGAGGUAACUGUCUAUGCCAUUGUCACCAACAUUGUUCAGUACAUCAAAACCUCCAACGUCUUAGCUGAUUCUCUCAGUAAUGGCAAUGUAAAAAGGCAAAGGGAAAGUGUAAAUGGUACCGGAACAUCUAGGAAGCGAUCAAAAGUGCAUAGGAGAAAAUCUAGAUAUUAGAAAAUAGAAGGUUGUGGUUUGAGUUUUGUAUAUAUGGUAUUCAUUAAAACUAUCAAAAAUUAUAAUAUGUAGGGACUGGGUGAAUUUUGUUAGAUACUACACUCGGUCUCCCCAGUAAUAUGGGUAGGGGAUGAUGUGUUGGUUAAUUGGUUAGCAGAAUUUCAGUCUGUAAGUUUCUGAGAUCAUUGAGGAUUCCAUAGUGACCAUUGGCUAAUA